AUGCGCUAUUUACCGUCGGACGAAAAAGAGUUGAGAAAGACCAACGAUUGUGUUCUUCGGAUGAGGAACGGAAGAUCCGGAAAUAGUACACUUAACACUAAAGACACAGUAUUAGGUAUAGGAAUAGGGAAGUACACGCCGGGCCCGAACAGAGAAAUUAACGGACAGAACUUCUUGCAGAAAUUGUGUAGUGGAAACGGCGAGUGCGUGUGCGGAGCCUGCAAGAGUUUCAAAGAGGAAGAGGGACACUACAGCAGCCAGCUUUGCAAAGAAUGUCCGGAAUGCGUCCAGUGCAAGUUCUUCAAUUCGGGACCUCUGACCGAAGAAGAGUGCCUCGAAGGUAAGCGCCGUUCGGAUGCCCGCGAUUUCCCUCCAGCUCCUCGCUCACCUCCUUUGGUCUUUGCAGCGAAAGAAAGGGACAAGUUGUGCGCCUCUAGACACGACGACGACUGCAAGUUCUUCUUCACCCACAAUAUCGAUUCGGACGGUUACGUCAAAAUCCACGUGCAGAGAACUAAAGAUUGUCCGGAGCCGGUCAACAUCCUGGCCAUCGUUCUGGGAGUGAUCGGAGGAAUCGUGGCCGUGGGUCUGGUCCUGCUGCUGAUCUGGAAGUUGCUGACCACCAUCCACGACAGGAGGGAGUUCGCCAAGUUCGAGAAGGAAAGGCAAAUGGCCAAGUGGGACACGGGAGAGAAUUCGAUCUACAAACAGGUCACCUCUACCUUCGAGAAUCUCACUUACGGGGCAAGCAGUUUGCCCCAACCGUUAGACGUCUAG